GUGACGCUAAUGAGGAGCGCGGCUCUCCUCGGGGUGCGCUUGUUGACAUAGUCUAUGGGGUCCGUGAUGGCCCAGUAGCGGUCCAAAGCGAUGGCACACAGGUGCAGGAUGGAGGACGUGCAGCACAACACGUCCAGAGAGAUAAACAAGUCGCAGAUCCCCUGGCCGAGAGUCCACUUGUUCAAAACCUGGUACAGAGCCGCCAUGGGCAGCACCAGCACCGACACCAUGAGGUCCGUCACGGCCAGGGAUCCGAUCAGGUAGUUGGCCACAUUCUGGAGGGACCUCUCCAGGGCGAUGGCAGCCACCACGCACGCGUUGCCAAAUAUGGAGCACAGGAUGAGGGCCCCCAAGAGCAGGGAUGUGACAACCUGGUAGCCCAGCUCCACGUAGGGGAGGGAACCUGCAGAACCGGUGCCGUUGUCAGAUCCGAGCCAGUCCGCGACCACCUCCACCGAUGGAGGGUAGCCCCUGGUGGCGUUGCUGUGGUUGCCUUUGGCAGUGAGGUAAUCCAUAGUUGGAGUGCAACUUUCCCGGGGCGGUGCGGGGAGGGCAUGCAGCCGGGCCAGGUGAGCAGGGAGACGGGCUAUCAGCCCUCAGCCGCUGCCGCCGAUGGAGCUCAUCGUGUGCGUCUUGACGCGCUCCAGCCGAGGAAGAAGUGGAAGUGAGGAUGGAGAGGGAGAGAGGAGGCUAGCUAGCUAGUUGGCCGGGCCUAAAGGUGCAGCCAUGAGCUCCCAGGUGGGGGCCAGCGGGGAUUUGAAGCUGGUGAGACCCCAACUUUCACAAAGGAAAGUCCACAGAGUCACAAGACCAGAUGAGCGUGACGAAGAAAGAUAUACAAGCGGACAAGAAGAAAGAGGGACACGCAUCGGGAAGACCAUCAGCAUUGUGACUAUUGGGAAUGCCUCAGGAGAAAGUAUGGAGAGUCUGUCCAGCUCUGAUGCAGAGGGAUCGAACAACGUGCCAAGAGGAAGCUCCACCAUCAGUGUGAACCCACAAGCAACCACCUCCAUCCAAGCCAGAUCCACUCCAGCAUCCCCUCAGAGACCUUCAUCAUCCAGUGCACCUGCAGUGGAGCCACGCAGCUGGCCCAGCAGAGACCCUGAUCCAUUAUGUGUGAGGACAGGACGAUCAUGUGAGCAGGAAGAGGAGGACGAGGACGAAGAAGAGGAAGAGGAGAAGGAGGGGCCCAGUGGAGUGAUUGACAUGAUAAGCCCACCUUUGACCCCGAUUCCGCAGCUGCCGUCAGUUGGAGAGAGGAGGAUGAGCAAAAGGGAGAGGAAGAGGAUAAAAUGUCUGAGGAGGAGGCAGAGGAGGAAGGAGCGAUGGCGACAGAGUCAGCUGCAGAAUUCCACAGGUAAUAUUAGCAGCAGCAGCAGCAGCGACGAUGAUGAUGAUGACGAAGAAGUGGUCGGCGACAAAGAGCGUUACAUCUGCGCCGUGUGUCUGGACGUCUACUUCAGCCCGUACACGUGUCAGCCCUGCGGGCACAUCUUCUGUGAGCCUUGCCUGAGGACACUGGCCAAGAACUGUCCUGCCAACACCCCCUGUCCCCUCUGCAGGACCACCAUCACGCACGUCUUCUUCCAGAAGGAGUUAAACCAAAUGGUAAGGACGUUCUUCCCAAAGGAAUACCUGUGUCGGAAGCAGAACUUCCAGAAGGCAAGUUGUGCAAGAUGGCCUCUUCCAAGCUGCCGGAAGCUCUUCAGAAUAUUUGGAGGUUUCAGGAGGCCCUCCAGUCCCAGGGCUCGGCAUCAGUUGCCCCGCGGAGGAGCCUACCAUCUGGACGCUUUGGACUUUGACGACGACACCCAAGGGUGGCACUUUGACAUGGACAUGGUCAUCAUAUACAUCUACUCGGUCAACUGGAUUGUUGGCUUCUUCAUCUUCUGCAUCCUCUGUUACCUCUUUUUCCCCUCUUUUUGACAACAUGCUUAUGAUGAUGAUGAUGACAGAGGGUGGCGAGUGGAGGGUAAACAGCAACAGUGUCAGCCAUUAAAGAUAGAUGGGAACGAUACCUCUGUGAUCAUGAGAACCAUCAGUGUAAUGAAAUAGGACAAAGGGACACCACACGUUAGGCACACCUGCACAAUUAAAAUAUACAAUACAAAAGUGGUAUCAAAAAUUCUGCCUUUGCAAAAACAAUAAUGCUGUUAAUUAAAAAAAAAUACUUGUGGAUUAUGAGAAAUGUCCUGCCUGGUCCAUCACUAUAGCAGCAUGUUAUUAUUGUCAACUUUUUUCUUUUUUUUUUUAUAAAUAUGAUUAUGUGUAAAAAAAAAUAGAUAUUUUAAAAUGGGAUUUAAUAAUUUUAAUAUUUGUAUUUAUAUAAUUUAUAUAUUUAUCUGAUUUUAAUGCUUUUAUUAUUAUGAUAAUUUACUGCAUUUUUUAAAUCAUUAUUAUUCACUUAUUAUUGAUUGCAGUGGUGUAAAACUGCACUGUAUUACACUGAGAGCCGUUUCUAAUAUUUACAGCGUGCAGGGGUACCUAAGGAUGUGUCCAUCGCAUGAAGAGACUAUAGAUAAACUUGCCAUUAAACACAU